CAAAAUUAGCAAAAAAGAGGGAACCGAACAAAGUUCAUUCAAUUGAAUCAAACCGAGUUAUUUGCGACCGAUUUGAUGAAGCCCCCUUUCAGAUAAAUUAUCAGGAGCUUCUAGUCGACAAAAUAAAGUAAAGGUUGAUGAUAGAAUUAGGAAACAAGCCACAAAAAGGUGAUUUGCUUCACGCAGGCAAUGCACAAUUAGUAGAAGCACUCCUGAAGGAAUCUAAAGAGGGGCGCAUUGGCUUAGACAUCAAUUGUAAAGGUACCUCAAAGUCAAACCAUGGUUGGACCCCUUUACUUCUUGCCAGUUAUUUUGGUCAUAAAGAAGUUGUUCAACUUUUACUGGAGUAUGGAGCAGAUGUAGAUAUUGCCAAUGAUGUUGGAGACACGCCUCUACAUAGAGCUGCAUACACAGGACGUGUUGAGGUUGUUAUGCUACUGCUUGCCAACGAUGCUGAUGUCACAAUCAUAAAUGCAGAGGGGCAGAGAGCAAAGCAUAUUGCAAAAACUACAGAUAUCAAAGAGUUAAUUGAAGCGGCAGAGCAAUAUGAGUGUCGAAAAAGGGAAGUUGAAUUCCUGGCAGCCGCAAGAGAUGGUGACACAGAGAAGCUUCAGCAAAUGUUAAAAGAUGGCAACGGGCCUAGCAUCAACUGUGUGGAUAAGUUUGGUAACAGUGCCCUACAUUGUGCAGCUUAUAGAGACAGAAAAGAAGUUGCAGUGCUCCUUUUUCAGAAUGGGAUUAAUCCAAAACUAACAAAUGCCAAAGGGCAAACUGCUCUAAUGAUGUGUAAAAGCACAUCCAUGAGGUGUGUCCUGGAUGUUAGGCCAAUCCAAACAUUGCUCAAGGAAGUUUGUCGCUUUGAAGGUACACUAUUGAAGAAAGCACGACUUAGACUGAAGUAUGUGUGGGUUGUCUUAGAUAGAGGUGUCAUGUCUUCCUUCAAGACAAGGGCUGAUGCUACAACAGGGUCAAACAGAAAAGGCUUUAAGUACUUGGAUGAUGCAAAAGUUAUGGUGCGUGCAGAUGACCCCAGGGAGAUAAGGAUAAACUUCUCAGAUGACACACAUCAUGUUUUCCUCGUUGAUCCCACUGACUCACAAGCCUGUCAUAUAACAAAACAGAAAUGGUUGAAUGCCUUACAAGAGCAUAUCAGCUUUAGCACAUACUAUACCAGAAAGGGGAGUGUCAAUAAUGAUGAAGAGCUGGAUGAUCUCAUGCCUCUUGGCUCCCUUCAAGAUGCUUUACAGACAUCCCAAGCACAUCAACAGCUUUUAGAGAGACAAGUUGCCAUGGUUACAAGCUUAGUAAACAAUAUGUCUGAUGAAAGGAACCACAAAGGAAAUGCCAACCAAGUACGUCAGAAACUGCCUCAAAUUGUGGAAAGUAGUCGGGAUAUGUGCACAUCUCUUCAUCACUGUUUGACUUUAUUUACGCAACAGGAAGAGUUACGAAAACUGCAGUUAAAACAAGAAAUGGAGAAAUCACGAGUUCUUCAAGACGCGCUUCAUGCGCUAGCGACAGAGCAUCACGAGUUGGAAAAAUCUGUGUCAGAAAAGAGGGCGCCAGCACGAUAUGAUACCGACGAUGAUGAGUUUUAUGAUUGUGAUGAAGAUGAAGAUUCGGUAGAACUUCAGGUACCAGAAAAAGAAACAAGAACAGGGUCAUAUGGAUCCUUGCCCGAUAAAGACUUCUACAUGGCUGAUGACAAUACAUUGAAAUCAGACAAAUCAGAAAUGGAUUUAAGUAGUAUUGAUGCUAAUAGUAAAAGAGAUACUGAUAACGCAUUAGACAAUACAACAGGAGAUAAUGCCACAAAUGCAGUACAAAACCCUAGUGCAAUUUCACAAACUACGGCCAAAUCGGCUGACUUUUACAUUGGAAAUGGAAAAAUGGACAAUGGACACAAUAAGUCUGUGAUAAUUGGCAAUAGAAGGAUUAAAACAUGGAAUUGCAGAACAAAUCUUCCAGUAGAGAUGUUUUCCAGGAAUGAAUUCAGUGUCUGGAGCAUACUCAAACAAUGCAUUGGCAGGGAACUUUCCAAGAUCACCAUGCCUGUAAUCUUCAAUGAGCCGCUCAGUUUCUUACAGCGCAUCACAGAGUACCUAGAAUACGCUACACUGCUGCAGUACGCCAGUCACACUGAUGACCCUGUGCAAAGACUGGAGUAUGUGUCUGCAUUUGCUGCAUCUGCCUCAGCCAGUAAUUGGGACAGGGUGGGCAAACCAUUCAACCCUCUGCUAGGGGAGACUUAUGAAUUAACCAGGGAGGACCUCGGGUUCAAGAUAGUAUGUGAACAAGUUAGUCACCACCCACCAAUUAGUGCUUUCCAUGUUGAAUCUCCCUUCUACAAGUUCAGCGGCUCAAUUCAUCCAAAACUGAAGUUCUGGGGAAAAACUGUUGAGUGUGUCCCCAAAGGAGUCAUCACAUUGCAGUUAUUAAAAUACAAUGAAACAUACACCUGGUCUAACAUCAAUUGCAGUAUACACAAUAUCAUCGUAGGAAAACUAUGGAUUGAACAUCAUGGUGUUAUGGAGAUCCAGAACCACAGCAAUGGGAUGAAGUCAGUACUCAAUUUUAAGCAGGGAGGCUGGUUCGGAAAGGACUUACACAAAAUAGAGGGAUUUAUUUAUGAUAAAGACAAGAACAAACUAAAGGCCCUCUAUGGUAAAUGGGUAGAAAGUCUUAUCAGCUGUGAAGUGAAAGAGUAUGAAAAUGCAUUACAGAAUGCUCCUACAAAACACAUACCAGUCCCCAAACUUAAACUUUCCAGACCAAGGUCAAAUCCGUCAAAUAGUAAUAAUGGUUCAGGUGAGUUUAAGGAUUGCCAACAAGGGGAGUCACGCCUGUCCUUGAAUGACAGUGAUAUAGACGAUGAUAUCCCCAGUAUUGGUUCCACGUUUGAUCUCCAGAUUCCUGGCCAGUCAUUGCUUUGGCAAGCAGACCCUAGACCACCCAGCUCAGAGAAAUAUUACAGUUUUACGCUGUUUGCAAUGAUGUUGAAUGAGCUAACAAGUGACAUACGCCAGCAUUUACCUCACACAGACUCUAGAUUGCGGCCUGACAUCAGACUACUAGAAGAUGGCAAUAUAGACUUAGCUGCAGAGGAAAAGGUGCGCCUAGAAGAGAAACAGAGAGCUGCAAGGAAAGAAAGGAAACGAUUAAAGGAAGAAUGGACACCAAGGUGGUUUGAAAAUAGAAUUCACCCACAAACUGGAAAGGAGGACUGGUUUUUCACAGAUAAAUACUGGGACAGAAAUGAUGACAAUUUACCUGAUAUAUUCUAGGAGCAUUUUAAAAUACCCAAUUAGUCAAAGGAGGUCUCUCAAUCCCAGAAUAUCUCUGUAUUAUGCAAUCAGCUGGUUUGAUUGGCUCAUGAAGUGAAAUAUGGUGUCAAUGUGAAAUACAGAAUGGGGAAUUAAAUGGAAUAAACAAAUAUAUUCUCCAUGGAAUCUCUUCAUGCUUUAAAUCAGGAUUUGAGAGAAAGUAGUUAGAAUGCCAUAAUGAACCAUAGUCAAGUACCAACUUUUCCUACUCAAACAACAUAAAACCAUGUUAUCGCAAACUUCAAAGUAUAUUUCAACCCAAUCAUCACCAUUUAUCUUUUAACCAAAUAUAGUUACAUCAACUUCAAGUGCAAAUGAUGAAAUAAAUUAUGACGGAGCUCCAUCACGCUGUUAUAGGAAUGGCCCGUUAUUUUAACUAGAUGGUGACAAGUGAUUUAUGUUUUCCUGUACUAGCAAGUGAGGCUGUAUCUUGGUAAUGUCCAGUUGGCUAGCCAUUAAUUCAACCCAUUUGGACCAGACCUAACAACAUGGACCAUAUGGAUUAUUGGAUGAGACUGUCUCAUGUUCUUCGGUGUUAACCCCCACUGGAGUUUCUGCAAUACCAUUCCUCUGCUACUUGUUUAGAUUAUGAUUAUACAAACUACUUCCGUGUCAACAUCCCUGAUCUGAAUGACUAGUGGAACAAUUUGUGAAAUCAUAUUAAACCCUUGGGAUUACUUGAGACUGUCUUUAGGAACAUCAUUAAUCAUGUUAAUGGAGUUUUGUAUGAGCCAUUGUGCUUACAUCUGCAUGUCAACUGAGUAGCUCUGCAGGCACUUGAUUCCAGCAGGAAAUCA